AUGUUAAAUCAAGUUGAUUUAAGUUAGACUUAAAAAGAAGAAACAAACAAAAUCCUUGAAAUAUAAAAUGAUCAAUCAUUUCAACCUCAUUAUGGAAAAAACUACAUGUUUAGAUUUUAUAAUGGUCAGCCGCAAAUUACAAUCGGUCCUCAUUGGCCUCUGAGUGUUUGCACUUUUAUUUUGAUAAUAGUGGGAGCUUAUUUCAUUAGUGCUAUCAUUCACAUUAAAUCAGGAAUAUGGUAUAGUUCAGGAUCGGUAAUAAGCAGUUUAAUAUUGGAAAUAUGCUUUUUAAGGGUUUUUCUAAAAAAUCCAGGAAUUAAUUUUACUUCAACUUAUGUUCAUAAACUGAGAGUAUCAAUUUUAACUAAUUCAAAUUUUUAGAAUUCUUGCUAACCAUGUAAACUUGAAAAAGAAUAUGGAACCUAUCAUUGCUAUUAAUGUGAUAUUUGUGUUAAAGGCUAUGAUCAUCAUUGUCCUUGGGUUGGAAAAUGUAUAGGAGUAGGCAAUAUAAAAGAAUUCUAAAUGUUCUUGAUGUCACUUUUAUUUUUUUUUUCUUGCAAUUUAUUUUUAAUCAUGAUUUGA